AACUUUUUCUUCUCUUUUCCACAAAAUGCCGAACCAAGGUAUCAGCAGCUACCUUAAAGAACCUCGUCUUGUGGCCAGAAAGUUCUUGGCCAGACCUCAACAUGAGGGUGUUGGGGCAGUUGUUAGAAGAAGCAUAGGGAGAUUUGAGCUCAAGAACUUCGAUCCUUUCCUUGUCUUGGAUGAAUUCUCAGUCACGGCUCCUGCUGGGUUUCCUGAUCAUCCACACAGAGGAUUUGAGACAGUCACAUACAUGUUGCAGGGAGCCAUAACACAUGAAGAUUUUGAUGGACGAAAGGGAACAAUUGAAGCUGGUGACUUGCAGUGGAUGACUGCAGGAAGAGGGAUAGUUCACUCAGAAAUGCCUGCAGCUCAAGGAACUCAAAAGGGUCUUCAGCUGUGGAUCAACCUCUCUUCAAAACAUAAAAUGAUUGAGCCAAGGUACCAAGAAAUGCUGAGCAAGGACAUAGCAGAAACUAUGAUAGAUGGAAUCAAAGUCAGAGUGAUAGCAGGAGAAGCUCUUGGAAUAAAGUCUCCAAUCUACACAAGAACACCAACCAUGUACUUGGAUUUUUCCCUCAAACCUGGUGCUCACUUGCAGCAACUUAUACCAAAAUCUUGGAAUGCUUUUGUGUACAUAUUGGAAGGAGAGGGUGUUUUUGGGAACCAAAAGUCUCAACCUGUGACUUCUCAUCAUAUACUUCUUCUUGGUUCUGGGGAUGGCCUUGAAGCAUGGAACAAAUCUUCAAAGGUUCUUAGGUUCAUUUUGGUUGGAGGGGAACCUUUGGGGGAACCUGUGGUGCAAUUUGGACCUUUUGUGAUGAACACUCAAGAAGAGAUUGACCAAACAAUUGAUGAUUUUGAGAAUUAUACCAAUGGAUUUGAGAAAGCAAGACACUGGAGAUCUGAAACUUCACUUAGCCUUGAUUAUUGAUUUUGUAUUAGGUCACAUUUGUUGGUUGAUUUGGGAAAGAUGGGAACAAAAAUAAGUUCUGAUGUAAAUUGGAAUGUAUCAAUUAGGUCAAGUAUUUCUAUCCUUUUUAACUUUAUAUUAUGUUUAUACUAUACUGUUUGAAGGCUUAAAUUAAAAUCCACAUGUAGUAGCAGGUAAAAAAGAACAGUGAAAUUAUAGUUAAUUACCCUUUUUAUUUUU